AUGCUGCUCGGUCUAUACCUCCUGAUCACCGCCUUGUUUGACAUUUCUCGUACGAGAACCCAAUGGCUAUCGGCAGCCUCUACGAACGAAUUCCACCAAGCUCGCUUGUCGAUCGCGAGUGUCAUUCUGAAAGUCGUUGUACUCGCCAUCGAAUCUUGGACGAAGACGCGAGCAUCAGCUUCCGACAAGCAGCAAAGUCCGGAGGCAACGAGCGGUAUCAUUAGUCUUUCGACUUACUUUUGGGUAAAUGACCUCUUCCUCAGGGGAUUCCGCAAGCUUCUCGUCCUCGACGAUUUGUAUGCGCUCGACGACGCAAUGUCAGCCGAGGUCUUGUACACCAAGUUUGGACCUCUUCUACAGAACAACAGAACGCAGAGUCACGAGCAUGCUCUAUUCUGGGGCAUUGCACAGACGCUCGUAGGACCAUUCAUACUGCCCAUCAUCCCAAGGCUUUGUCAGAUGGGCUUCAAAUUCUGCCAGCCUCUCAUGAUUGAGAGCUUGUUGAACUACCUCCAGGAGCCCGUGGGCGCUUCGUCGCCGAACAAGGGGUACGGGUACAUUGGUGCUGCCUUUCUCACCUACAUUGGCAUGGCUACAUCUAGUUCUAUCUACUGGUAUUUUCAAGAGCGCUUCGUUCAUAUGGCAAGAGGUAUCUUGGCCUCGGCCGUCUACCGUAAAACGACCGUCAUCAGUCUGUCCGCUACAGACGAUUCCGCAGCUCUGACGCUCAUGAACGCCGACGUGGAGCGCGUCAAGAAUGGUUUCCAGCCGAUCCACGAGUACUGGGCCAACACAAUCGAGGUUGCGUUGGCGUGUUGGUUGCUGCAACGGCAAAUCAGCGCCGCCUUUGUCGCACCCGUCGUUGUGGUCAUCGUUUGUACGGCAGCCUCUACGGUAACCGCCAAAUUCACAGGAAAACGCCAGACGUUGUGGAUGGAGUCUAUCCAGCAGCGAGUCGGUGUCACCGCCAAAGCUAUCUCGAGCAUGAAGGCACUCAAGAUUUCAGCCAUGUCGGGACCGAUUGAAAGCCUGAUACACAGCUUACGCCUGGAAGAACUCAGCGUAGGUGGGAAAUGGCGACUGAUGCUCCUCGCGGCCGUGACGAUUGCAUAUACGCCCUCUCAGCUCGGCCCCGUCAUGGCUUUUGCUGUGACUUCUCAGACUCUCAACGUCACGCGUAUCUUCACCUCCAUGGCGUACCUAAUGCUUUUGGCUGGCCCGUUAGGCAGCCUGUUCCAGACCAUUCCGCAACUGGUUUCAGCGUUUGCCUGCUUGGGUCGUAUCCAGGCGUACCUAGAUAAAGACAGUCGUGUAGACUACCGCAAAACACCCGAAGCCCCACUAAAGCAAGCUUCUUUCGGAUGGGCUGAGGGAAAGUACGUCUUGGACAACGUUGACAUAUUCGUCCCUGCCAACUCCUUGACUAUCAUCGUGGGGCCUGUGGCUUCCGGCAAGUCGACACUUCUGAAAGGCCUUCUCGGCGAGAUCCCACAUCAUUUGGGGGAAGUGGUUUUCAGCGUCAACCAUCGCAGGGUAGGCUACUGCGACCAAUCUCCAUUCCUUUACAAUAGCACAAUCAAGGCCAAUAUCAUUGGGCACUCUGGACUGGAUCCUGAACGGUAUCGUCAGGUCAUCGAUGCCACAAUGUUGUCUGCCGAUUUUGCAACCCUACCCAAAGGCGAUCGCACCAAGAUCGGCAGCAACGGGCUUACCCUGAGUGGUGGGCAGAGACAACGAGUCGCUCUAGCUCGCGCCCUGUACCUCGAAUGUGACCUGCUUAUUCUGGACGACAUCAUGAGCGGCCUCGACGCGACCACCGAAGAGCACGUCUUCAACCGGGUCUUUGGCAACCAAGGCAUUGUUCGUCAGAGGCGCAUCACGACCGCACGCCAGCUGGGCGAUGUGGCAGUGUAUAGGCACUACUUUGGCAGCAUGGCGAAAUGGGUCAUUGCCGUCUUCAUCUUCUGGUGUUGCGCCUACGCCUUUUGCAUGAACUUUCCCACCGUCUGGCUGAAAUUCUGGUCCGAGGACAUCACCGCCGAGAACCCAAAGCGUUCCGGCGCGUUCUAUAUGGGCAUCUACGCCCUUCUUCAAAUAAUGUGUCUCGGGGCCCUGAUGGUGGUCGUCUUUAUUAACACGCAGACCAUGAUUUCGCAGUCUGGAUCGAGUUUACACCAGCGGGCUCUGCGGACGCUCGUUGGCGCGCCGUUGAGGUUCUUCGCGACGACUGACACGGGGACAGUGACGAAUCUGUUUGCUCAGGAUCUCGCUCUGAUUGAUAGCGAGCUGCCGAUGGCACUGAUCAACUUCUCCGUGUUGCUGUUUGCUGCUGUGGAUACUCUCAAAGGUUUAGCGACACUGAGAGCUCUGGGUUUCAUCUCUGCGGAUAUCACAGUCAGCAAUAACCUCCUCGACACCAGCCAGAGGCCAGCAUACCAGCUCGCAAUCAUUCAGCGUUGGUUACAGCUGGCACUCAAGUUACUCGUGGCUGCCCUUGCGACCAUCGUAGUGACGCUGGCAACGCAACUGCGGGCUAGCUCUGGAUUUACCGGAGCAUCGCUAGUAACUCUCAUGUCUUUUGGUGAUACCCUGACUACAAUCGUUCAGUCGUAUACCAUGCUAGAAACAAGUAUAGGAGCAGUGGCGCGCCUGAAGACGUUUAGUGACACGGUCACACCAGAGACUGGGCCUGACGAAGAUGUCAUUCCCAAGGAAAGCUGGCCUGAGAAGGGCGCAAUCGAGAUCAAAGCAGUCUCAGCGUCUUAUGGAGUCUCGAGAGAUCAGUCGAGUUCAGCGAGCGAGGAGAAGCCGCCUGCGGAUCUAGCCAUUCGAGAUCUGCAUCUCUCAAUCAGACCCGGCGAAAGGGUAGCUAUAUGCGGAAGAACAGGCAGCGGCAAAUCAUCGCUCAUCCUCUUGCUGCUUCGUCUCAUCGAGGCCUUGCCCGGGAGUGCGAGCGGUAGCGUAGUGGACUCCGUGCCUCUCGACAAGGUCGAUCGAGAUACUCUGCGGCGCCGCAUCAUAGCCGUAUCACAGGACGCAAUCUUUCUCCCCGACGGCUCGACAGUGAGAGACAACCUCGACCCGUUUGACGCGGCGACUGAGGGGGAGUGUCUCGAGGUCUUGGAGCAAGUGGGAUUACUCGCGGGAAUACAAGAGCGAGGCGGUAUGGGUGCCGGGCUCGCCGCCGAGUCUUUCAGCCAGGGACAGAAGCAGCUAUUUUGUCUGGCUCGGGCGGUCUUGAGGAAGCGGGUGAAGAGCCGUGGUGGUACCAAUGGGGGAAUUCUCUUACUUGAUGAGGUUUCUUCGAGUGUUGAUCGGGCUACGGAUCUUGUUAUGCAGGAUAUUAUUCGAAGGGAAUUUGAGGGGUACACGAUUAUCAUGGUGUCUCAUCGCCUGGACAUGGUAUUGGACUGUCAUACGGUUGUGGUCAUGGACAAAGGCAGUGUUGUUGAGAAAGGGACACCGCGGGUGUUGAAGGAUCAGAAAGGGGGUAUGUUUAGGGAGUUGUGGAAUAGUAGCAGGACAACGGAGGAGUAG